AUGGCACUAGUACAGUACUCUGACUCCGAGUCGGAUGAAGAGUCAGCCCAAAGACCGACCAAGAAAUUGAGGAAGGAAAACAUCGCCACACCGGUUACGUCUCUACCUCCACUACCCAAGACAUUUCACGAUUUGUAUGCCUCGAGUACUCGCGUCAGUGUUGCAGACGACCCAAGUCUCCAUGGAGGUCGCAAACGAGUGAUCCCUCAUGUCGAAGGGAACUGGCCUACUCACAUCUAUCUCGAAUGGUUUCCUUCGAAAGAAGAGCUUGCCACUUUAGGCGAUAUUCUUACCCAGUGUGAAGACAAGUUGAAGAGGAGCAACAUCGACAUACGCAGUUUGCUGCGGAGUGACCUGGGCGUUCAACUCCCGCUUCAUAUUAGUCUUUCAAGACCAGUGGUCCUUCGAACCGAGCAGAAGGUGCCGUUUAUGGAGACAUUCCAUACUGCCCUCCAGGAGUCCAAUAUCCCUGCAUUCGAUAUUACUACGGAGAGUUUGGAUUGCGUCUCCAAUUACGAGAAGACACGGUGGUUCUUUGUUUUGCGUGCGAAGAAGCCUGACGAUGACAACCUAAAUCGUCUCCUCAGGAUUGCAAAUAGCUGUCUAGCUAUGUUCGGCCAACCGCCGCUCUAUGAGACUUCGCUUGUGUCUAAUGCGAAUGAGAAGUCCAGAAGACCAGGGAAACAAAUGCGUAACCGAGCGGACAGACACGACGAUUCUUCUCAUUGCUUCCAUAUUUCUCUCGCGUGGAGCCUGGCAGAACCGUCUCCAAUGGACAAGGAAGAUAUCGCGAAGAUAGACCUCCAAGGAGCGAAUACUCUUCGGAUUCCGUUUGAUUGUGUGAAGGCUAAACUCGGUAACCAAAUAACAAGUAUUCCAUUGUCGACUGGGGCAAUCGGCUAG